AUGGUCGGGUUCAAUUUGUCGCUGCUGUUUGUCUUCAUGUCCAUGUACUUCUUCCAAGUUGGUGCUAUUUUGCCAUCAACUUACAAGGUCACUGCGAAUGGAACGUUCACAUGUGAGGGAAGAAAGCUGUUUGGGCAGACUAAGGUUGUAAGUUUGUGUCUUCCUUGCUAUUUAAUGGAAAGAUGGUCUUUUGAGAAACUCCGGCAUACAAGGUUCUACAUUAUAUUUUGUACAGUAAAGUAAUGAAUAAUUUUUUUUUCAGCGUGUCGAGAUUUGGGAGAAAGAUCCGCUUAAGGAUGACCUUUUGGCCAAGGGAAUUGUAGGCGUUGAUGGAGGCUAUGAUUUCACUGGCUCCGAAGCCGAAUACUUCGGUAUCUCUCCAUACGUCUAUGUGUAAGUCCGACGAUUUGGUGUUAGGUCUAAAAAUUUGUUUUCAGAUACCACGCUUGUGGCGGAAAGUGCAGGAGAAUCAAGUUUGAGGUGUGUUUUAUAGAUAUUGCAAAAAAUGGAACUAAUUUGUUAAACAAAAUUACAAUAUGUAAUUUAUAUUUAUUUUUUAGGGUAGCCAUGUAAACCCUGGAAACUACGAGCUGAAAGACAAAGGCCAGAGUUCUGACAAAUGUUCUGCCGGCAAAUACCCUCGUUACAGAAAGUGA